AGAGCGAAGACUGGUUACUGGCGAAAUGGCUAUGAGAGCGGCCGUACUUCGACACAUCAGAGUCCCUGUCCAAACCCUAACCGGAUUAAAUUCUCGGCGAUGGGGUCUCGGUGGUUCCGUUCGGUUGAUGUCGUCUCACGACGAUCAUAUCACCAAAGAAGAGGUCAUUGCGAGAGUUCUCGAUGUCGUCAAGAGUUUCCCUAAGGUCGAUCCUUCCAAGAUUGCUCCUGAUGCACAUUUCCAGAAGGACUUGGGCUUAGAUAGCUUGGAUACUGUGGAGAUUGUAAUGGCGCUGGAGGAAGAGUUCAAGCUUGAAAUUCCAGACAAAGAAGCUGAUAAGAUUGACUCUUGCACUCUGGCCAUUGAGUACAUCUCUAACCAUCCAAUGGCUAGUUAACCUUCCACGAGGGGGUUCUCUGCCACCUUGCUUUGUUUCAUUUGUUGGUUGUUUGUAGAACACUGAUCCCUGUAAUUGGAGGGCAAAUAAUCAGAAUCUGUUUGAUAACAAAUGAUCUUUAUUGGACUAGCAUUUUUCAAUUGUGUUACCGUUCUUUAUAAACCUC